UGGGAAGCCAGCUACGGCAAGGCAACGAAGUGUCGCCUCCGUGUGCGACACUAGGCGACGACACGGCAAGUGGCAGUUCCGUAAUAAACACUCAACCAUACCCUCAUUUCUGUAAUUUAGGAUUUUCUAUAUAUAUAUAUAUAUAUAUAUAUAUAUACCUCCACGCCCUCGCAUACACAUAAUCCCACAGACGUCACUGGCCCAACGAAUCCGACCACCCCGUCAUCCUGCUUCGACCUCUUCUCUCUCUCUCUCUCUUAGUUUUCUUCGCAAUACUCAAAAGAUUUCUUGCCGGAACUCGGAGACCGGUGGGCCUCAUGGAGGAUCGCAAGGAGAGGAAUGCCCCAUGGCUAUCUGUGCCACAAUUUGGGGACUGGGACCAGAAGGGGCAAGUGCCAGACUACUCCGUGGAUUUCUCCAAAAUCAGGGAAAUGAGGAAGCAGAACAAGAGAGAUGUCUCCAGAGCAAGUCUUGGAAACGAAGAAGACUUCAUUGCUGCCCCGGUUGCUGAUACCAAUUCCACAGUCCACGCCGAUCAUCAUCAGCACCACCAUUACCAGCAGAACCACGAAUCCCCAACUACGAGGAGGAGCAUACUCAGCUACUUCAACUGUUGUGCGAAAGCUUGAGGUCCAUGCGUGUGGAGCCUACUCUUGUAAAAUGAUAAUGUAUUGGAUGAACAGUACUCUUCUCGCUUCUGUGUCAUUUGCCAAUCAACUCCAUCUGUAUGUCUUUUCUCAUCCACCUUUUUGGAAGAUGAUAGUGAUGGUGAUGAUGAUGAUGAUGAUGAUGAUGAUGUGUGAUCAAGGUGAUCGAUCCAUGAAUGAUUUGUUCUUCUCUUUUUAACUUAAUCAUGUGGUUUAUUUUCUCAA